CGUCGUGGACCCCGGACGCCCUGCCCUCGCCUCCAUGCUCUGGCCCCGCCAUGCUCCACUCCUCCGACACACACAAGAACGGCUUCGUCCCCGGGGGCAACAAGGCGGACUCGGGCGCGGGUCGCGAGGUGGCGGCACACCCCAGCGAGCUGCAGCCCCUCAACAAGGACGAUGGCAGUAACGGCGACGCCCCCAGCGACGGUAUGGAAGUGCGGGUAACCAUCCGAGAGAACCCGCUGGUGGAGGGUGACGAUGCAUGGGGCACCAGCAACAACCCCCAGCAGCAGCAGCAACAACAACAACAGCAACAGCAGCAACAGCAACACCUGCCUGCAGUCAUUCAGAAGCGCAGCAAAAGAACGCUUCUGGAGCGGUACCUCAUUGCGACGACGGUCCUGUUAUCUGUGGCCUGCGUGAUCUCCGUGGUGCUCCUGUUGUACCAACCUACUGACACAGAUUCGUCAAGAAUAUGUUUAACCGAAGAAUGUGUAAAGACAGCCGCCUCGCUGCUCUCGGCCAUGGACCAGACGGCGAAUCCCUGCACGGACUUCUUUCAGUUCGCGUGCGGGAUGUGGAACAAGAAACACGUGAUCCCCGAGGACCGAGCCUCCAUCAACACCUUCGAAGUGAUGGCCGACCAACUCCAAAAUAUCCUGAGAGGGCUGCUCGAGGAGGACGUUUCGCCGAACGAGGGAUCCGCCACGGCGAAGGCUAAGAUCUUCUACGCCGCCUGCAUGAAUACAAGUCAGAUUGAGGAGAUAGGCGACGCGCCCCUGGAGAAGGUGCUGGCCUCGCUCGGGGGCUGGCCGGUCACCUCCCUCAACUGGACGGCUCCCGGCUUCUCGGUGGAGACGCUGAUCGGCCGCCUUCGAGGCGAGCUCAAUCAGGGCAUCCUGAUCGACCAGUGGGUGGGGCCGGACGACAAGAACUCCUCCGUCAACGUCAUACAGCUAGACCAGAUGGUCCUCGGGCUUCCCAGUCGCGACUACUUCCUCAGGGCCAACUCUUCCCGUCGCGCCCUCGACGCCUACCUCAAAUUCAUGACGGACGUGGCGGAACUGCUGGGUGCUACACGAGAGGCGGCGAACACAGAGCUGAAGGAAGUGCUAGCGCUGGAGACUCGUCUGGCCAAUGCGACAAUGCCCGAGGCUGACCGUCAUGACACGGGGAGCAACUACAUAAAACUCACCCUGGCGCAGCUGCAGCAGCAGGUGCCGGAGUUCAACUGGACGGACUACCUUUCCGCUUUCCUGAAGGAGAAUCUCACGCCUCAGGAGCCAAUCGUAGUGUACUCCAUGCCUUACUUGAAGCAGCUGGCCAAGAUCAUGGUCACUACGGAGAAGAGAAUACUGUGGAACUACGUGAUGUGGAGGCUGGUGCUGGAGAUGACGCCCCACCUGAGCAGAGCCUACCAGGCCAGCAGGCACGAGUUCCGCAAAGUCCUCUUGGGAAUACAGUCGGACAGGAACCGCUGGAACCUGUGCAUCGACUGGACUAACAAGAGGCUUGGCAUGGCCGUGGGGGCGCUCUUUAUCAAGGAGAACUUUAACCCCGAGAGUAAGGAGACGGCGCUCGAGAUGAUCCACACACUGCGGUCGGCGUUCUCGGACCUCCUGGAGGAGAACGACUGGAUGGACGACGAGACCCGCGCCGUGGCCAGGGAGAAGGCCAACGCCAUGAACGAGAAGAUCGGAUACCCCGAGAUGCUCACCAAGCCCGACGAGCUGGCCAAGGAGUACGCCAAUCUGACUAUCGUGAAAAACCAGCACCUUCAGAACGUCUUCAGCUGGCUCAAGUUCGACGCAGACAAGAACCUGGGUCGCCUUCGGGAGGACGUCAACAAGGCCAAAUGGUCCACCGCACCAGCUGUCCUCAAUGCGUUCUACAACCCCAACUUCAAUGAUAUUGUGUUCCCGGCGGGGAUCCUGCAGCCGCUCUUCUACUCACAGCACCUCCCGAAGUCCCUCAACUACGGCGGGAUCGGUGUCGUGAUCGGACACGAGAUGACGCACGGUUUCGACGACAAGGGGCGCCAGUUCGACAAGGACGGGAACCUGAAGCAGUGGUGGAACAACAGGACCAUCCAGGCCUUCCGGAGUCGCGCCCAAUGCAUCAUCGACCAGUACAGUGGCUACAAGGUGGAUCAGGUUAACCAGUUCAUCAACGGCAGGAUGACCCAGGGCGAGAACAUUGCUGACAACGGGGGGAUCAAACAAGCAUACAGGGCUUAUCGCCAGUGGGUCGAGAGGAACGGAGAGGAGAAACUGCUCCCCGGCAUCAAACUCAACCAUGACCAGCUGUUCUUCCUGAACUACGCCAGAAUCUGGUGUGGAACAAUGCGCCCUGAGGACGCCCUCUCCAAGAUCCGGUCCUCAGUGCAUUCCCUUGGACCCAUCCGCGUCCUCGGGCCGCUCUCCAACUCGGAGGACUUCGCGAGGGCCUACGACUGCCCGGUCGGGAGCAGGAUGAACCCGAAGAAGAAGUGCUCCGUGUGGUGAAGGCGCCGCGGGGAGGACACUGCCACGCGAGUUCCGUUUUCUUUAAUGCACACACCAAAAUGGCGUACUCUUUUUCGACUCCGCGGAAAGAGCAACGUUGGGGCGGGGGCGGCCUGAGGACGAGGGUGCCUCCGGAAGGGCGUGAGGGAAGAGGAGCUUGGGAGUUGGGCGAGGCUGGCUGGCGAAUCAUUUCUUUGGCUCCGCGAGGCUUGGAGAGCUAGACAGGCAGUGGUCAUUUGUUUUGCAGCUCCAACGACGGCGAAACAAAGGAAUGGAUGUAAACGAAGUUACGAUGGGCGGCAACUAACAAAAAAAAAAAAGGCUUAAAGUGCUGUAAUAUGUAUUUUAAGGUAGACUAAUGGAGCUGCGGUAUCAAGAUGCAGCAAGAAUUACUGUUUAGUCAAUAGAGAAAAUGAAACUCUUUGUAUUGAAUCUCCUUCAAGAAUAUCCUUCAACCAUAUCACUCCCAUUUCUUUUCGAUACAGGAAGACGUGUGCAAUCAUACCUAAGAUACAAGUCGGUUUGAAUACAACUGAACAUACAAUUGGCCCGUAGAUGUUGCUUAAGGGACUAGAUUUCAAUUAAAUUAAACGCAUAAAGAUUCUGAUUAUUUAAUAUGGAUGUUCAUGUUUGAUGAAACACCGGGACUGUGAAAGCGAAUUUGGAUGUUCAACGUCAUUUUAGUGAGUUAGAAAAUUCCAAAUACACAGUGACCCAUUCUCAUCAAAUCUGAACACUCAUCUGUACAUAUAUAUAUCUCAUGGGUACUCAAAGAAACAUUUUCUAUUUUUAUGUAGUUUUUUCCUCACAGUAAAGUUAAGUGUUCGAAAUAUUCUCCUCAGCGUCAGCUUCGACAUUGAUGUUGUCCCGCCAGUCUGUUUAUCCUUCCGGUUUAUUUUUCUUCUUCAUGGUUCAUUAUUGUGACUUACUAGCGCAUAAGUGUCAGAGUGUUUGGGGACAAUAAUGCAAGGUCAGAUGUACACUGAUCACGAGAAAAUGCUGCUUGCUGAUUGGUUGGAAUGCUUAACCAAUGAGCAAGAGGGAUUUUCAAACUCAGCCGAGUUCAAACGUGUGUAACGGUUGGACAAAGAGUAACCUAUAGCUGCCAAUGUAAUACUAUACUCUUGCGUGUUAGAAGAUAAUCUCAUUAAUUAUUCAGCUAACUAAUCAUUCAUCAUAACCACGGUUCCGAUCUUCAGCUUAUGAAAUUAAACCAUUUAAACGCACUGUCUAUUUUUUAUUUGUGCUUCGAGAAACUACCAGAAUAUAUUUACGUAAUAAGACAUAUCAGAUUUCGUGUGAAAACAAUAUAAAUGUAGAGACAUUUAAACCCUUACAAUCCUUUGUGAUUGUGAUUUUAGCAUUCUCAUUCUCGGUGUAUUUUUCUCAUAUCAUGCCGUUUCUUCCCUUCAUAUCGUGAUGUCUCUUUACUAAUGUCUGUGGAGUCUAUUUUCUUACAAACUUAGCCUUGAUCGCGAGACUUCAUCCCUAUUUACGAAGCCUCCAAUGCCAUAGAGCGAUCUCAUCUAGGACUCCCGUACAUCCCUUUUCUCUUAGCGUAAGUGGCACUGUAUCUUCUAUCUUUAAUUAUGAUAAUACAAUGUAUGAUUUUUAAAAAAUAAUAAUAAAACAGGAGAGACUUUAUGCACAAAGCCAGCUUUUCAUGUAGACUCUUCGACCCACAAGUGUAUUUUUUGGAUCAUGUAUGUUGUAUGUUGUAUGAUUUAAACGUAUUGCUCUAGAUAUCAUGAAAAGCACUGCCCUUAUCUUCCGCACUUUAAUCAUCCUCAACAUUUACUUCUAACACCUACGCCUACCUCUAACACCUACCUCAGAUAUCAACCUCUGACAGUUGCCCCUAACAUAAUCCCCUUCCCUUCUGCUUUUUGAUUUAUUGAAUACUUCUCAAGGCUACCUGCAGCAUCUGUCCUCCAAGUCCAAUGGCUCUUUUGUCAAAAUCUCCUUCGAACGUUUCUCCAAGAUGCUUCAGAUCUCACAUUUGCUCCUUUUCCGAAAUCUUCGAACGCCGUCGUCGUUUCCCGUCAGCUUCUGCUACCAUCCUUUUACGCCUCAAACAAACACAUUACACGUCUAUAUGAAGUAUGCAGUGUUCCACUAUUUCUCCCAAGUCCUUUAACUUAACUUUGCCUUAACAUGAGUAGCCUCACUAUAUCUUUCCUCGACAGGCUGUUUUGAAGUGGUAAUGACUUUGAGAAGAAUAUUAUGUUUUGAUAUUAUUGGAAGAAGGAAACUAGGCCCAAUCACUAGAAUUCUCAAAUUCGUGGAAGCGCUCGAAAACGCUCAAUAAAUGUAUAUGAUUUAUUUUUAACAGUUUGCUUUUGAAUAGUAUUUCAUAAUUUACAACUUAUGGUUGCCUUGGCUCCAGCAUAUAGGCCACUUAAAAAAAAAAAAAAAACAUCUUGAGUACAAAGAUGCUGCACAGAGUGCUUUUCAGGUUAUUACGGUGACCAGUACUAUAUGAGACCAAAAUAUAGAGCUGGAGAAAGAACUUAAAUGAAAACGGAAUCUUCAUGAUUCCUGAGAUUCCUUUUGGGCCAAAUUACUUAUUUCUUAGCUAAAAAAAAUAUAAUAGCACAAACUUUCAUUAAUCGGUGAAAACGAUAAUCUAAUCCAAUCCAUUAAUUUAGUGACUUAGACUUUUUACCACUUCAAAAAAAUAA